AUGUCUGCUCUAUCGUCGCCAUCACCCUUGCUGGGUCCGACCACCGAGGUCGAUGAAGCCAAGUUGCCUCAAGGCAACUGCCGUUACAUCAUGAUGAACACAGAAAUUAAAGGCAGCCGAUGUGCAUGUGUCAACUUCACCCUGAACAAGGCGUUGCCCGGUGCCUCUUGUGAAUGCGGGCACCUCGCCUGCUUCCACCACAAGACGGCCGAGCCCCCAACGGACAGGCGGGAACUGGAGCUUCUCCGGCAGAGGGUCCAGCAACUUGAGGAGCUAUUGGCAGAGGGCACCAGCAGGAGGAACGAGGUGGUCCAGAGGGUGAGCGAGCUUGAGGGGAUUGUGGACUCCAGGACGGAGGAGAUGGGCCAGGAGAUCAAGAAGACGUAUGGCAACCUAAACCGAGCCUGGCAUUCCAUCGGAGAGCUCGAGAGACGGGGUGGGGACGUCGACAACCGAUUCCAGGCCAUGGGCGUGCAUCUCAGGAAUGUCGACGGAGAGCUACAAAGACUGCACCAGAGACAAUGCGAACUGAACGAUGCCGACCUCAGUCUGGAAGAGCAGCUGCUAGAGGUGGUCGAGAGCAUCGAGGGGGCCUCCGAGGUCACGCCCUCCAGGGGCAGGCAAAGACGCAAGUCGAUAUCGGAUUCCGUACCAACAUUGAACAGCUCUCCAAAAACGACGCUGGUGCCAAUGAGGUCAGGAGGCGUGCCUGCCCGGGCUUCUGAGUCGGCCGUCUCAAAUUUAUGGACGGUCCACGUCUCUCUGCUUCCGAGCAGCUCGCUACCGUUUCCCUUCGAACGAGACACCAACGCCUACAAGCGAUGUCUCUCCAGAGGCCUGCACCAGAUGGUUGCCGUGAACGGCACGUCGGCUGAAGCGUUCGUGUCUGCAGUGACACGAGCGUUCAAGGGUGUCCUGAAGGACCGGCCUUGGGUACCCCUUCAGGCGAAAUUGUGUGACGCGGAUACCCUUCAAGGUCUACCAAUGCUGCGCCCCUUGGACUCAUCACUUGUGAGCUCCAAGUUUGACGUCGACUUCCUCCACGCCCAUUGUGCCGUGCUCGACAUCCACGGGAACAUGGACUCCCUAUACAUCUCCAUGCGCCACUCUUCGCUCUCGUGGCAUGCGCUGAGGCACUCGCCUGUAUUCCUGCAAGGUCUCGAGGCAAGCUGGGAGUAUGACCCCAUCCUAGACUCUAGCGACCCUUUUGACAACGAUGAGAGCGUUGACGAGAAUGACCGACCGUCGGCGGGGGACUUGGUCGGGGGCCUCCCAAACUUGAAGAGGGCGGCCUCGGAGAUGUCGAGGUCGUCCACGACGACAACGGUGGCGGAUGGGGCUGAGGGACGGGUCCCCAAAAAAGUUGCGCGGACGACCUGUCCGCCUCCCUUCAAAGAGGUUACGAGGCGGAGGGUCGAGACCGCUUAG